GCGCCCGCUUUUGAUUGGCUGGGCUCUCUGUCAGUGGAGCAGUUGGUGGAUCAUCUGAAGCAGACUGACAGCCUGGCUGAACAGGCGGAGAUUUUGGGCCGACUGAAGCAGUUGCGUGGUCUUGACUGGGACACAGGCAUUGAGCCGGACUCCAGCGCCACCGUUCGGAGUCUCCUCAAAGAGGCGAUAACCGCUGACAAUUCGAGGGAAGUCUACUAUAGGGCCUGCCAGUCCCAAAAUUGGUUCAUUUUACGCUACCUGGCUGGCCUGCUGGAGAAAAUUGCCGACCAGCUGGCCAACGCUGUGUCCACUAUUUUACUGCUGCAGAAGCAGAUCACGGUGGGUCUACCGCCAAAACCCCGAGAAAAAGUCAUUGUUGCUCCCCUUCCGGCCCCCGAAAUCGCCAGACUCAUCCAGGAGGCCUGCGGCGAGGACAGUCUCAUGGCAAUGCUGACCCAGUUCGAUGCGAAUACCGGUUAUACAAGCCGGUGGUUGAUGUAUGCGUUACUCAGCUGA